AUGCAUACUCCAACAGCGAAGCCUUCUUUAAUCUCGAAUUUGAUCCUGUUAUCAGCAUCAGAAUCAGCAUCCGCAACAUCCUUGACUGGAAACAAAAGUGUCUCCUCCAACACCAGCGCUAGCGACGACAAGAAACCACACGUCAAGCUGAUAUGCAACAGUUUACCAGUGGAAGCAACACCUUCUUCUCUGGAUGAAACCUCUACACUGGCAACUUCACCCAUCUCAUCUUCAUUGAACUUUACUGCUGGAUCCGUCAAUAAAACAUCAUCUUUAGAUUCAACAACAUCGCACGAUUCUCGAUCUUCCUCAUCGUCGUCGUCAUCAUCGUCGUCAUGUUUAGACUUGUCAUCUACUAGUAGCAAGCCAUCGCUCAUCAGUGAUGGACUCACCACUUUGUCUCCCACUUCAAAUAACGAUAAAAUUAAACCAUCACCGUAUACUAGAAAAGGACCCAAUUACGGCACCAAAACACUCCUGGGCCACUCCAGAAUCUACAAUUGCCAAUUAUGCCAACGAGCAUUCACCAGAGAAGAACACUUGUCGAGACACGUCUUGUCUACUCACAACAAAUUGAAACCUUUUACGUGUGGCAUAUGCGCAAGACCCUUCUCGAGGAGAGAUUUAUUGUUGAGACAUGCCAAAAACUUACACAAGGGAAGCGAGAAAGCCAUCACCAGGAUCCGAAGAACUUAUAAACAUGGCAUGCGCGACGCGAUGGAAAUGGGAACCUUGCCUGGCAUAAACGGCAGUGGCAGCGAAGAAGAAGAAAUGGACGAAGAUGAGGAAAUGGACGAAGAGGAAGAGGACAUGAUAGAAGAAGGCGAAGAUAUAGAAGAACAAACUGCACGUGAUCCAACCACGGCCAUUAAAGUGGCGCCGCCAUUGGCAAACUCUAUUGGUGCUGCAACUGCUCCAACAUCAGAUGAUUCGGUGGAAUCCAAACGACUAAAGAUGUCAGUCAAUAUGUUAGUGAGCUAA